AAAAGAGAAGAGAGAAAAAAUUCAUAAGAAUGACAAUGACAAGUUCAAUUCAAACUUCAAAGUAUAUCAAGAUAUUAAUCAACCUCUACACUUUUAUCAACGCGCGAUUUGUUAUUAAUAUAUAAAAAAAGAAAUAUUCUAGAUUAGAUUUUAUGUGUAGUGAUAGUGAUUAAACGUUUCGAAAUCUCGUGGCUACAUGGACAAUAAAUUUUUUCUUUCACAAUGACACACAACGAACAUCAGAAUUUUCCUUUUCACCGCAGCCAAUCCACUGAUCUAUCGGAGCCAACGUCGAGGAUAACCUUCCAUUCCAACUCGAACACCACCAGUACGAUUCCACCAAUGUCUGCUCCUGCUUCUUUUCAGAGAAGAACCGUCGAAAGUGCUAGACAGUUAAGAGACAGUUUUACUAAUGUCAUAAGAGAAAUAGAACCUUUAGUGGAGACUGCUAGGACUGUAAAUGCUGGUGUAACUAGUUUUUUAAACAACAGACCUCAGGCUGAAGCGAGUACUUCGAGACCAGUAAACGAAGCUCUUAAUGACAGCUUUUAUAUUAAUUUAGACCUUUCCGAGAACGAUGUUGGGACCAGGACUGAACCUGAUACCACUUUGCAGCAGAAUGUUGAGAAUAAUCCUCCAGCGAACGAUAAUAACAAUGCUGAAGAACAGGAGAGGAAUCAAGCUGUGAUAGAUGCUCAACAGUUUAUAAAAGUUUUAUUAAAGUAUGUACCUUUUAUACUCAUACUGCUGGCUAAAUCAGUAUAUGAUUACCAUGAAGGAAUAUUUGUGCUAAUAAUACUGUUCAUUACGUUCGCUCAUAGUAACUCAGUGGUUAAAAAGGAAACUAUCAAAAGACAGAGACGUAGUCUCACGACUCUAGGUGUAAAUCUGUUGUACAUUAUAGUGUGUUUAAUAUUCAUCCAUUAUGUAUUUUCUGAUGAUCUUCACGAUUUUAAUGUGGUGCUCAAUUUGGUAUUGAUCAGAUCCUUCACACAUCCUUUGACUGUUUGGAACCUAUUGUGGAUCGUGACCAUUACAGAUUUCACUUUGAAAUUGUUGACAGUGUCUGUGAAACUGCUUUUGACCACUCUGCCUGGGAUGGUUUUGGAUUUCAAGAAAAGAGGCAAGAUAUACUUGUUUAUAGAAGCUGUUUCUCAAAUGUACAGAAGCAUAGCGACAAUACAACCUUGGUUGUAUUACUUGUUGGAAUCAUAUCAAGGUCCUGAAAAAAUCGUGGCUGUAUUUUUGUCAGCUUUCUACAUGAUUUCUAAGGGAUCAGAUCUGAUGUCUAGGGUCAAGCUGUUGAAAGUCGCUUGUCUGAAGCUAUUACAAAACGUGAGCAUCGGUUCGUCGCCUAGCAAGGACCAAAUCCAAACGGCGGGCGACCAUUGUCCCAUCUGUCACGAUCAGUACGAAUCUCCAGUGCUGUUACAGUGCAGGCACAUUUUUUGCGAAAACUGUGUUACCACUUGGUUUGACAGGGAGCAAACCUGUCCCCUGUGCAGGGCUAAAAUAGUCGAUGACCCUUCCUGGAGAGACGGAUCCACUUCAUAUUUCAUGCAACUAUUUUAGACAUUAUUUAUAUUUCUUUGCGAUGUUUAGAGUGAAAUCGCCUCUGUAUGUAUAAUGGUGGCAAAUGGUCCAAUAGUAAGGUUAAUAAUCAACUAAUGAUAUUUGAUAUGACUGAUGUCCUCACAACAUAAUUUUUUACAAUAAAGAGCCUUAUGGUACUUCAUUUAAAAAUGAUUGUUUCUUGGAUAGUUUAAGGCACUAUGAAGUGACUGUGAUUUAGCAUAUUAAAUUUAAAUAAAUAAAAACAAAAAAUGCAAAUAACUUUUUAUCGUUUCAGUGAUAUUUGGCCAGAGCAUUGUUAUUAAUAUUAAACUGCUACUUAAUAUUAAUAAAUUUGUUUGUUACCUAUUAUUGUUUUUAUUUUUAAAAACUCUUAAAUUGAGACUAUAAGUCGCCUUCAGUCAUAUAGAAUAGAUUUAACUGGGAUUCAGCCUCUUAACUAAAUUGCUUGACAUCAUUAUAACAUUUUGUAAUUGGCAUUUGGUUGAAUUAUUUUUUUAGUUAUAAGGCAGGUAUACAAUUGUAAUAUAAUUAUUAUAGACUUAUGAAACUUAGAAUAUGUGAUAAAUUUAGAAUCUUCAGUUAAUCAUUUCGAUAUGUUUUUGUUUUUUAAUUUAUAAUUGUUGACUAUAGUAAAUAAUUUCUAUUUUAAA